AUGGAAAACCUCACGAUCUCCGAUGCCCCUCCCCAGGGUGGCCAGCCCGUCCUCGGCGGCCGCGCGCCACCCCCUCCCCAACAGACUCAGCUCCCGCCGCAAAUGUUUACUACCGCGGCGCAACUGCUGGACCUUACCGACAAGAAGCUCAUGGUCGCCCUACGCGACGGUCGCAAACUAAUUGGCGUCCUUCGUAGCUGGGACCAGUUUGCAAACCUCGUCCUUCAGGACACCGUCGAGCGCGUGUUCGCCCACCCGGAUCCCGAGGCGAACCCGCCGCGCUCUGCCGGCCUCUUCGCCGACAUCAAGCGGGGCAUUUUCCUCGUGCGCGGCGAAAACGUGCUCCUCCUGGGCGAGAUCGAUCUCGACAAGGACGAUGACCCGCCUCCGGGCUACGAGCCGGCCGACCUCAAGCUGGUGCACAGCCUGGCGGCCGAGAAGAAGGAGCAGGACAAGGCGCGCGACAAAUCGCGGAUCAAGAAGCUGAGCAAGCUGGGCUUCGAGGGGGAGAACAUGGGCGAGAUUCUGCUCUGA